UGAAAAUAUGAGUUAUGAUUUUUUUUAUUAUUAAUAACAAUGGGUUUACACAUUCACCACAAUCAUCCACACUUGUGCAAAUCUUAAUCCCCCGUCAGACUGAUUCAGCCCGGAAUUAGAGGUGUGUGUUCCCGGGCCUGCUCUCCUAUGUGAGAUGCACACUGAGAGCCAAUGUAGAGGUAACUGUGGUCACUGUUUCCCAGAGGACCGUCUGGCGGCGAGGGCCAUUAAUUAUAACCGACAGGGAGACAGACAGCUAGCCAGCUAACCAGGCAGACAGACAGACAGACAGACAGACAGUACCGCAGAGAGCGCAGACAGGCCGGACAGGAGCAGGCCCCGACAAAUACAAAGAGAGGAGGAAGAGCAGCACGCACGGCCAAGAAAAAUAAUCCUCCCCCUGUAGCGGGUACAUGCUAUCUGCACCGCCCCUGCUGCUCCCGCUGCCACUGGACUAUGAGUAAAUACAUUCAGCCAUAAUAACCCUUUGUCAUAAAGAGAAAGAAACGCGUUUUUGCGACGGAGAUAAAUAAUUGAAAAAAAUGCGGCUGUCCGACUGCGCAUCCCUGGGAGUGAAUAGGGAAAUGCUGCGCCAGUGUCCCGGCUGAGAGACGGAGCCGAUCUUACCCAACAUAAGCUCCUGAGCUUUUUUUCCACCCCCUUGUCAUUAUACAAUAGGCUAUCGCUUCCAAAAAAAUCAUCGUUUCAAACAUGUGUGCAGGGAGACAGAAUAAAACUUGUGUGUUGGCCAAUGCGCCCCUGCGUCGGUCCCGUCCUGCAGAAGCAUGUCCCGUCGGAAACAGAAACGACCCCAGCAGCUUAUGAGCCUGACCCCCGGUGCCUGUCGGAUACUUGAGCAUGACGAACUCUCGGCAGUGAAGUCGCAGUCCGUUCCAUUUAUCCAGGAUUCUCCCUUGUGUUGUCCAUCUUCUUCUUCUCAAAGCUCCCAGCUGCUCCUUGCUCUCCGUUCAUCUUUCAAGGGGUCUCAGGCCCCCUCUCUACCCACUGAGGGUCCAGCGUUAUCUAGUUCACCGAGCCAGCCCUCCCACCAGCCCCUCAAAGACCCGCAGCCCUCCCUCUCACCUGACUGCCCUCAACAUCCGCCUGAGCUCCAACUGUCUGGCCGCAGUCCGACGUCCUCUGCAGGUGCCCUCGUCCACCCGUCCCGAAGUGCACACAUGGCCUCUCCCAAGUUGGGGCUGUCAGCCACCACCACCACAUCUUCCUCCUCCUCCUCCUCCUCCGCCUCCCUAUGUCCUCCACCACACCCCGGAAGCCCCAGCCGCGUGCCCGAGGGCCCCCCGAGCCCCGUUACUCCCACCCCAAGCCCAGGAGUGACAUCUGCCUCAGCCGCGCCGUCUAGAGCCCAGCUGAGCAUCGCUCUGAUCCUGGAGGAGCUGCGGGUGCUGCAGCAAAGGCAGAUCCACCAGAUGCAGAUAACGGAGGAGAUCUGUAGACAGGUGCUACGCCUUGGUGGAGCCUCCUAUACAAUAGAGGCACCCUCCCAGCAACUCCUCCCUUCCUUGCCUCAGCUCUGCUUGGAAGGCAGCAAGAGGGCAGCCAGCCCAACUACCCAGCCAACUCCACCUCAGCCUUCCACUUCUGUAGCUCCUCUCCUGGCAUGUUUCUCCUCCCUGCUCCCCUCUCAGGCAGCCAACAAACCAACAAAGGCGAGCAAUUCCUCAUCUCAAAUCCUGCAGCCCCACAAGCCCCAGACAGAAGGGACAGGAGGGACUUCAGGGGCUCAUGGUUAUCUGGGGAUGAGCUCUCAAUCCUCAGCUCCCUCCACCUCUUCCUCUGCUACCAUCUCCAUGGCUUCCUCCAACUAUCCGCUAGCCCUGUCUUUAGCUCUUCCCAACCGCUAUCUUCAUGAGAAGUCUCCAAACACCACUUCAGUUAGUGGACACAGUGGCCUGUCCUUCCUAAAUUCAUCUCUCUCCACAUCAGUAUCUAUUGUACCAAACUCCCAGCAUGCUCUGCAGUCUGUCUCUGGAGGAGGAGACUCUUCCCCUUUACCCGGCUCCGCCAAUGCUGGCCGCCUCCAGCAUGCCUGCCGCUUUUGCGGAAAGAUGUUCAGCAGUGACUCCGCCCUGCAGAUACACCUGCGCUCUCACACGGGGGAACGACCCUACCAGUGUCCAGUGUGCCUCAGCCGCUUCACCACACGAGGCAACCUCAAGGUGCACUUCCUACGCCAUCGUGAGCAAAACCCGGAGCUGUCACUCUCACUCCUGCCACCUUCUUUGUUUGGGGUAGCGUUAGGGGUCAGCGGGGGAUCAGAUAUGGGACAGACCAUGAGCAGUGGUAGCAGUGGUAGUGGCGUGAAUAUGAUUCAGAAGAAGCGAAAAAGCAGGCCUGACGAUGAAACGUGUGGAGAUAAUUUGGAGGUCAGCGGCACCGGUACUAGCUUUUCUCUGGGGGCCUCCGGAGGAUCUGCCCCUUCCACCUUACCCCUGCCCCCCACUGUGGAUCUGGCAUUGAUUUCCCACUCCCUCCUGCAGCUGAAUAGGGCCGCAGCUGUAGCCGCUGCGGUCUCUAUCGCCUCUGGCUCAUCCCACUCUUCCUCCUCCUCUUCAGCCUCCACCUCCUCUCUGGCUUCCUCCCUCCUCUCGAACCCUUCUUUGUCUUCGUCCUCCACCAUCACAGGAUUAUUCAAGGGUGCCAAGCAGCAGCACUUUGAUGAGAACACUCCCCCUCAUGCCCCAAUGCUUUCUCCUGCAGCUUACUCCCAGCUAGCUCACCUGCCUAAGUUCCUUUUCCCAUCUGUCUCCUCUUCUUCCUCUACGCCUGCUGCACACUCAUCCCUGUACAACCAUCCAGCCUUGGGCUUGCUACGCACCCCGCUACCCUCCAGUGCGGGCUCUCUCCAACUUGCUUCUUCCAGCCAUUCUCAGCUCUCCUUCCCAUUCUCUUCCUUUCCCAAAGUCCCAGGUCCAUCCACCACCACUCCAUCCUCCCUGGCUUCCUCCACUCCUACAUCUGAAACCUCCAAGCUUCAGAGGCUGGUGGAGAAGCUAGAGAAGGCUCCUCCCAGCUCCUCUUCUUCAUGGACGUCUUCCUCUACUUCCGCCUCCAUGCUGGAGAUGUUAUCUAGCGGUACCACUACCUCUUCAGCAAGUUCAGCCAACAGUCGUUUCACAAAUGCCAGCACUUCUAGCACCUAUGUCAUGGCAUCCCCACCAUCUUCUACUCUUACCACUUCUGUUUCAAACUUCACCCAUGAGAUGGUUGCUGCCCUGGGCAUGAGCACCAAUGGAGCAGGUGCCAUGGCGGGAGGCAUGCUACCAUCACUGAAUAUCACAGGUCCAGCUGCUAACCUGGCAACCAAUCAAUGUGGGGUGUGUCUACGGGUACUGAGCUGUCCCAGAGCGCUGCGUCUGCACCAGGCGACACACCUUGGAGAACGCCCUUUUCCAUGUAAGAUAUGUGGACGGUCCUUCUCGACCAAAGGCAGCCUGCGGUCACAUCUGGCCACCCAUCAUGCCCGACCACCAAAUGCACGUGUCCAGAACUCUUGCCCGCUGUGCCAGCGUAAGUUCACUAAUGCCCUUGUGCUCCAGCACCACAUCCGAAUGCACCUCGGCGGACAGUUACCCCCAGAUGGCACAGAGGACUCUGCACAUGCGUUGUCCGCCGAAUCUGAUGCUAAACCUUUGUCACAAUCUCAAUCCCAGUCCUCUGACCCAAAUAUUGUCUCUAGUAAAACACCUCCUGGAGCUGGUCACUCCAAGAGCCCCGCCCCAAGCUCACAAUUUCAAACUCCAGCAGCUGGCUCGGCCCCUGUUUCUAGCAGUAUGAAAUCGGUUGAUUUAACCAAAAAUCCCAGCAAGUCUGCAUCCUGCAGCCCAGACCCAAUCCCCCCCUCUGACCUUAGUCCUGACCCCUUCAUGAAUCCCACCACACAAACUCCACCACCAGGCAGUGCAGACCCUCCUGUCCUUUGCCUCAGUGCCCCCUUGCCAGCCUCCCAGCAGACAGAUGAAGGUUCCCCGGUCGGCGAAGACAGCCAGGUUGAACAAGUCAGUGCUGAAGUCCACCUUCCUAAAUCCACCCCAUCACCAAUUUCUUCCACUGUUACCAAAACCACAAUGUCACCUAAAGCUAUGGUAGUGGACUGUGGCGAGGAUGAAGCAUCUACCUCCUCUGAUGCCUUCCUUGGCUCCGGCUCAAACCUGGAGGACUUACAAAGCACACCUGCCCUCGUUGCCCCCUUUGUUUACGCCUGUCCCAGUACCUCCUCUAACCCCACCUUGAGUCAAGAUGUUCCUAAUGUUAAUGAAACGACAACCAUGGAAUCAGACUCACUCUCCCCAAGGCCCCAAUCACCAGAACCCAUGGAAGAAGACAAAGAUCUGUCUCCUCCACCAGCAACACCAAAGGAAGACCCAGCAACUGUGCCUGAAGACGAUCCCAAAAUGACGUCCAAUUUCGAGACGGCAGACACUACUGGUGCUGAAGUAGGUGGUGCAUCACAGAAAACUACCACUUUUGUAAGGGAGACACGUCAGAGCUUUCAUUUUGGUUCCUACCGGAGGGAAGACCGGGUGGAAGGCGUUAAGAUUAGCGGAUUAGCUCCAAGUGAAGCACUGGAGGCUUCUGUCCCCAUCAGCCUUGCCCCAACCCUGCCAUCUCCGUUGUCUCGUCCCGAGAAGAAAACCUAUUGCUGUGCUGAGUGUGGAAAAGAGUACGCGAGCCGCAGUGGACUGAAGGGCCACAUGAAGCACCAUGGCAUAGUAACCAAAACAUCACGUCCGCCAGCCCGGAGUAGCCGUUCCUCUGCUGACCAGCUUCCUUCUUCCACAUCUAUGACUUCCUUGAACAUUCCUGCCACCAGGAGCUCAGCGGGCUUCUGGAACCAGUACCAAGCCUUCCUGAACACCAGUAACGAGCCAAACGACGACCCGCCUUCUGGACCCCAUGGAGAGAAUGAGUCGGCAAAGUCACCCGUCCGAUCUCAGACGGAUCCGAGAGUUUCCGAAGCCGGGGAAGAGUCCAGUGAAGGGUCGUAACUCAAGUCCACGUGAUUGGCUGGAUGAUGUUUUAGUGUUUUCAAUCAAUGUUUACCUUUUGGUGAAGCUGUUUGGACUUUUGCGUAGUACUGCUUCCUUAACACAUUUCAAGUAGCCCGUCAGUUUGAUAGAGUAAUUAUGUUUGUAUGUGAAAGUUGUGAGUCAAUCAGCUUGGUCUUGUGUUAAAAAAAAGAGACAGCUAUUGUACAAAUACAGAUAAAAAUAUUCAACAAGUAACAAAGUGAGUCUAGUCAUGGCUGGAUUUGUUAAAAAAAAAAAAGUGACACUACCUUUGUCUGGCUGAAGUCCUUAAUAGUUUGAAGCACAGUCUAAUCUAAUCUAUGUUUGGAUAUGAAGAAAGAGUUUUCCUGUUGUAUUAGUGUUUCAUACCAGACAUGGGCCAAAUAAUUCACAGUAAUUGUUUGAACUUACCACCAGGCCCAGCUGGGAAACGUUUACUGCAUUUGAACAAUUCUGAUGCUUAUUAAUGAGUCACCACAAGGUAUACUGAAAGAAUAGUUUUAAAUAAUUUUAUGUCAUCAUGUGAACAUCUCCGUACUCAUGUGUUGUGCCAUGCACUAAAUCUGAUCCAAAUGGCACCAAAGGAGGCUCAAGCUAACCAAAAGAAAAUUUCUUUGCAAAUGCUACGACCUAGGUUCGGUUCACAUCUAGCGGAUUCUUUCCUUCAGUUACAGAGAGAAGAAAUUAACUAAGCAAAACUAAAUUGCGCUUUGAAGGGGCAAACCAGGCCAACAAUAUAAAUGUUUUUCUGUGGGGAAUAGUACGUCUUUUGUCCCCCAUCCUGUGAUUCAGAUAAACUACUUGCUCAUGUCAUUGUGGUUUACUUUCCACUAUAUUGUCCUGUCAAACCAGAAGCACAACUGCAGUGUUUGUGAACCCAGUGAGGACAUGGUCUUUUGUGUGACCUUUGACCUUUGGCUUUGUGAAUAUUAUGAUUGUUGUUUGGUCCAAACGUAUUAUCUGUAACACUAUUUUCAAUUACUAAAGUUACUAAAACUUUUAAGUUACUAUAUAUAUCAGAAGUCUAUGUCUGUUUGUUGUAAGCUGUACAUUCAAUAUAUCCGUAUUAAAAAACAAUUUGGAAAGAAA